CAAAUGACUUAUCUUUCUUGGUUGUUAACUAUAAUUUGAUUGAUUAGAGUUGUGAUCAGCAGCUAUUCUUGAUGUUUAAGUCAUAUGUUCUUAUCACAAGUUCUUCGAAUUGUGAAUACGAAGAUCAUUUGUUAAAGUUUCGGUCUCCGAUCAUUGUCUAAAGAUAACAGGUUAGUAAUUCUUUCACUUCAUUAAACUUAUGAACAAGGAAAGAAUUGAACAUGAAUUGAAUUCAUUCCCUUUUCCUUUCUUUCAUUGUAAGCAUCCUCAUCUUUAUUCCUUGUUCCAAUAUCUUUUGUCUUUCGGCUUUCUUUUUUUUACUACUUUACUGAAAAAAGCCGAUAUAUUUACCGAUCAGCAUUUGGAAUUGAUCAGUGAAAUUCUCAGUUAAACCGACAUGAAUGGCUUCGACGACAGACCGAAGAGUUGGAAUGCAGACCUUAGUCCAUCAAAAACAAGUAAUCAAGGAGAUUUAGGUACUACCAUGAAUGCAAUAUCGUUUGGUUUCGUGGCGACGGCAAUCUUGAUAUCGAUGUUCCUCAUUAUGGCAAUUUUCGAGUAUCUACUUCGACCGAAACCAUCAAACACUGAUCAAGAAAUGCAGCAGCAAACAACAGCUCAGCUUCGCUCGCCCGGGAAACUCAGUAACUUGAAAGAUAUAAUAUAUCGGGAUUUUUCGGUUCUGAUGCCGGGACAAAAUUAUCCAACAUAUUUAGCUCAACCUGCACCUCUUCCUUGUCAGAGAGAAGGAAUACAUUGGCCUUAUAAUUCUUAAGAGAGAUGAUUGGAGAAUUGUUAGGAAAGAGUGCAAUGUUUUUAUUUUCUUGUUUUAUAGUUAUUUAAUUUUACUUCUUUUGAGAGUCUGUGCAAAGAACUAAUCAAGAUUUCCGAUGAUGAAUAAAAAGUUUUUGGGGUUUUUGAUGGGAACA